AUGUAUUUUGGGGUUUUUCUUGCAGUGAUGUUACAGCCUUUUGACUAUGACCCUAAUGAGAAAAGUAAACACAAGUUUAUGGUUCAGUCUAUGUUUGCUCCAGCUGAUACUUCAGACAUGGAAGCAGUAUGGAAAGAAGCAAAACCAGAAGAACUUAUGGAUUCGAAGCUUAGGUGUGUGUUUGAGCUACCAGCAGAAAAUGACAAGCCUCAUGACAUAGAAAUAAAUAAAAUUGUAUCCACAACUGCAACAAAGACAGAUUCCUCUGUAAUGUCUAAAUCAAUAAGUUCUUCUUUGGAUGACACUGAAGUUAAGAAAAUAAUGGAAGACUAUAAGAGGCUUCAAGUAGAAGUUCAGAGGUUACGGGAGGAGAAUAAACAGUUUAAGGAAGAAGAUGGACUGCGGAUGAGGAAGGCACCCCAGACAAACAACCCAAUAUCUGCUUCUGCAGCUGCUGUCAAGGACGAAGGGUUCAGCUCCAGACUACUUGCUUUGGUGGUUUUGUUCUUUGUCUUUGGUGUAAUUAUAGGAAAAAUAGCCUUGUAGAGGCAGCAUGCUGGAAAUUGUAAAUUGGUUUGAUGGUUCUGCCAUAUCAUUGGAUUAAAUUUAUUCAUAACAAUGUUUAAAAAAAAAACUUAAUGUAUGACAUCUCACAGGUCUUGCCUUUAAAUUACCCCUGCACAAAUACUAUGUAACGUAAUCUAGAAAGUUUAAAAUGUACAAUGAGAGGAUGAAUGAAAGAGAAUAUGCUUCAGUGAUGAAGGGGGGAGAAAAUCACGAUUUAACACUACAAUGGAAUAUUGUAUAUGUCAUUUUAAACAUUCUUAGACCCUGGUACAUGUUGCUGGAUGACCUCUUUUUAAAAAAAGGAAAAAAAAAAGGAAAAAAAAAAAAGGAAAAUAGAAAAAACUCUUCCUCCACUGCUGGAGCUGGCCCUAUUGGAUGUUUGGAGCUGGGUUAGGCAGGAGGUGUUGAUAAACUUCUGUAAAAUACAUUAAUCCACCAUUCUGCUCAUAAAUUUAACAGUUUCUGUCAGUGUCUUCAACUCUGUGCAAGUUACCGAUUUCUUGGCACUUAAAUGAAUUGUGAGAAACUGAAAAGAAUUGUAUGUGGCAAUGCUGAAUGUGCUAGGCAUCAUUAAGAGGCAUAUUGACUGGUAUGACGCUCAUUUGGAAUAAAGGUCAAUGCCUUGUUCUCAUAAAGGGACCAAGCUACAUUGCUGUUGGUUCAUUUAGCUGAAUGAAAAUGUUAUUCAGAGAUGUUUAAUGCAUAUUUAACUUAUUUAAUGUAUUUCAUCUCAUGUUUCCUUCUUGUCACAAAAUUGACUAAUACUAUAUGGUAUGAAAAGGCACCUGUUUAAAGCCAGUGACUAGAACUAAAAAUUUGCUGCUGUAGUGAUGCGAGAUUCUUCUGCCUCCUGGUGUUUUGGGCACUACACCAUUGUUGGGAGUUUUGAUUAUCUGAGCAUUGGAGAAACAGUGGUCAGGAAACUGGUUUUGUAUGUAAAUAAGUCUAGGGGAAAAAAAAUAUUAGUAGUAAACUAGUCCUAUGCCGUAAAAGACCAAUCCUGUUUGACUAUGUAGCAUCUUAAAAAAAAAAAAAAAAAGAAAAAAAAAGAAAAAAAAAGAAAAGAAAUUAAAUAAAGCCCCCAAA